AUGUGCGGAGUGUCGAACGUGGAGGACUUGGCGUGGACGCGCGCCGACGGCGGCGACUGCGAAGAGACGCCGUUUUGGUACGUCGAGCUCCCGGACGAGCGCACAGCGCGCGCGAUCGCAUCGCGCGCGCUGUUAGUCAAAGCGAUUUUAGAGGCGUGGGGUUCGGCGCCGGACGAGGGUGGGCUGCGGGACGCGGUCGCGGCGUACGACGAGUCGCGAAAGACGCCGUAUUUAGCGCCGGGGACGACGUUUAAGGUGGAGGUGGAGGAUUUCGGCGUCAGGCGCGGGUCGAAAGACAUCUUAAAGCGCGUCGGCGACUUGGGAUUGCCGUUUCUAGGGAAGGCGGAUCUUAAGAAUCCGGAACAUUUAUUUUGGAGCGUGGUGAGCGACACGAAGGAGACGCCGAGUUUACCGCAAACGCCGCGGCAUUGCUUCUUCGGGCGCGUCGUCGGUCAGAGCGAUCGCUCGACGUUGAAAAGGUACGACUUGAAGCAACGUUCGUAUUUAGGGCCGACGAGCAUGGACGCGGAGAUGGCGCUUUUGAUGGCGAAUUUCGCGCAGGCGCGUCCUGGCGGCGUGAUAUUAGAUCCGUUUUGCGGCACGGGAUCAAUGCUCGUCGCCGCGGCGCAUUACGGUGCGAUGACGAUGGGCAUAGACAUAGACAUUCGCGUCAUCAAGCAUGGGAAAUCGGCGCGCAAGAGCGGCUCGAAGUUUGGCGUAAAAGCGAGCGAUGGUUCGUCGGUGGACGUGUGGACGAAUUUCGCGCAGUACGGUUUGCAACCGCCGGUGGCGUUGUUUGUCGGCGAUUUGCACGCGUUGCCGACGCGACGGUUUGGUUUAGAGGGUACGCUCCAAGGUAUCGUCGCCGACCCUCCGUACGGCGUCCGCGCCGGCGGACGCAAAAGCGGUGGGCGCAAACCGCUUCCCGAAGACUACGCCAUCCCGGAGGAGAUGCGAGAAACGCACAUUCCGAGCACCGCGCCCUAUCCAUUCGCCGAGAUGAACGACGAUUUGAUGGAGCUCGCCGCUCGGUUUCUCUCCAUCGGCGGCCGUCUCACGUUCUUCCUCCCCGGUUCCACCGAAGACGCCGAACGAGAGAUUCGCGACCUCCCCGCGCACCCGGCGCUUCGCCUGCGAUGGCACUCUCUAGAAACCUUCAACCAAAUCUGGGGUCGCCGUCUCGUGACGUACGAAAAAAUACACCCCUACGACGUUGAAGUCGCGCGAAAGGCGCGCGAAGACGCCGUCGCCGCCCGCGCGGCGAGCGACGAGCCGGAUUUGAUCGAACGGAUGCGCGCGUUGGUGUACGACCAAGUCCCCGCCGAGGCGAAGCGUCGCAAGCGAUACGAGAAAUUCCACGGCGUGCCUCCGCCAGACGCGCUCACCGAGCGCGCGAGCGCAGAGACGUAA